ACCUGCCUGAGGUUAUGUUUUCUGUUUUCCUGUUUCAUAUUAACACAAAAGUUCUUAUUUCUUAAAGUAAAUGAUGGAUAUUGAAGCGAAAAUAAGAGAAGACAUGCGCACCCUUGGCUGCAGCUCUGACUUAAAAAUAUCAAUGGCUUACCACCUCUACGUAUACUUAGUGGACGUAAAACUUAUGUACGACACCGAAUACUGUUACAAUAAAGACGUAGACGCUUUAUAUAUAGUCGCCAGGCCUAGUAAACGGGAUAAAAUGAACAUAUACGUGCCCGUGCCUACGCAUGAAAAUGUUAAUAUGGAGUUUAUUGGUGUUUUGCAGCAGAAUUUGUGUACAAUUGAGACCGGACCUAGUAUUAAUUUAGCUUUCAUCGACGGGGAUUUGUCGACAGUUAUCUACACAUUUACUAAAGGUAUAGUUGAGAGGCCGACGCCCGAGAAGGUGGCCGAGAGGAGAAUGCGGGAGGAGCGGAGAAUGUUCAUUGACAAUGAACUAAGGAAGAAAAAGAACGAUAUUCUCAAUGACGCAAUGAAUGGAGGGUUUGUGGACGACGACGAGUGUCAAGUGAUUGAGUGAAGUGUGUGCUAAGUGGAAAUUGGACAAUAAAUCAAAUAAGUGACUGGGCAAUCCAGUAAAAUUGACAGAGAAAUAUUUUAUUUGAUUGUUGAGGUUUAUCUGUGAGCGAUGCCGUGAAGCUUGCAAGUUGGCAUCACUCUGUUUAUGCCCAGUAUAUUCCAUAAUAUUUUGUUAACAUAAUGUAGCAUAUAGUAUAUAAGUACCCAGUACCCGGGGAUACAUUGGCACAUUGAUCUUUGGAAAGAGACAUUUGGCUGUUUACAAUGAUUUACAAAAACUGGCAACCAUCCAUGAAUCAUCAUAUUUAUUAAGUGUUGUUUCAUAACAAAUAAAUACAGCACUUCAUGGACUUUACUAGCUUUUGCCUGUGACCUGUGACUUCGUCUGUAAAGGAUUAGUAAUUCGGGUAUCUAGCUUAAUUUAUUUCCAAUCUGCUUUUUAUUGAUUUCCCGAACAAACUUCCAUUUUCAUGUUCUCAAUAAAUAGGGUAGGGUAAUUCACCAAGGUAACUGGCCAGCUUUCAAUACCUUAUACUGAAAUGAAUUCUGUUUAUCAUCAUCAUCCUGGCGUCAAUCCCGGCUGUGCCCCCGCGCGGGGCGCGAGGACCCAGGGAAAUGAAUUCUGUUUAUAGGUAAAUAGAAUUCAUUUAUAGUUUAGGGUGGCCAAUUACUAACAGUGGCCAGUUACUGGCGAAUUACCCUAUUCUCCUACUAGUCAAAUCAGUUUCUUUUUUAGAACAGUCAGAACAAUUUAUAUGAAAACUGCUAUAGUGAUGUCACAGUAAUUGUUUUUAGUUCUAUCCAAAUUAUUAAAUUGAAAUUGUGUCAAAAUAUACAUGCUCGCUAUGUUUUUUCGUGCAUGGUGUGAAAUAAUUUAUUUUAAAUACAGGAAACAACCCUAUCUUUAUUAAUAUUGUGCUUAUAUCAUUUUGGUGAUCUAAGAUGAGAACAGAACA